UGUGGCACUGAGGGCACUGUCUGGGGCUGUGGCACUGAGGGCUCCCCUGGGGCUGUGGCACUGAGGGCUCCCCUGGGGCUGUGGCACUGAGGGCACUGUCUGGGGCUGUGGCACUGAGGGCUCCCCUGGGGCUGUGGCCCUGCCUGGGGCUGUGGCACUGAGGGCUCCCCUGGGGCUGUGCCAGCGCUCACCAGGACAAGGGGCAGCAAGCAGGGACUGAUGCCCAGGGAGUUAUGAACCUGAACAUGAGGAGGGACUUCUUUAAACACCUGGAAAACAUUGCCCAGAGAGGGUGUGGAGUGUCCCUCACCGGAGAUAUUCCAGACCCAUCUGCACACAAUCCUGUGCCCUGUGCCCUGGGCUGGCGCUGCUGGAGCAGGGAGGUGGCACCAGGUGCGAUGGCCACAGCGGCUUUCCGGGACCCAGCUCAGCUCUGCUUCCCUCCAGGCACAGCCCCUCUGCCGUGGGCCAGCGCUGUCACCAUGCACCUCACCAGGCCCAAAUCUGCCAAGGGACGGAGGCCAAGCUUGAGGCACCCCCAGGGCAUGGAAGCCUGUCUGUGCCAUGCACCAUCUUCCCCACCGGCAGCCUCUCCUGGGGAAUUAGCGAACAGCCGCAGAGCACCGCUCACAAAACCGGCGUUCCCACCUGCCCAGGUGUGUCCUGAGAAAAUCCCAAAGCUCCUGCAGCAAGUGCCUUCGAAGACCUCCUCCUCCCUAAACAAGUACCGGGUGCUCCCCUCCAUCGUCCGGAGGGGCGAAGGGAGCGACGCCGUGGAAGCGCUGGCUGGACAGACCGACCGGCUGGAAGUGACGGAGGGGAGGGAGCAGGCUCCAAAAUCCAUCAAGGCUUUUCGUGGAGAGCAGGGAUCUGCCAGCACAUUGCCAGGAAGGGACAUUCCCACCGCAGAGAGCUCACCCAGGCUCUGUGCCCCUGAGCAGCGGGGAAGGCAAGCAAGGCAGGAGAGCCCUCGGGUGCUCCCUGUGAGCCCGGGAGAGCCGCGCGUGCUGCUCGCUGUCCGAUCUCCCUCUGGGCAGAGGUUUGAGCACCACUUCAAGCCCUCUGACAGUCUCCAGACGGUUCUUGCCGUGGCAGGGCAGAAACUGUUGGCCAAUUACCAACACUGCAGCUUUGAAACCGUGGAGGUGCCCCGGAGGCGCUUCUCUGACCUCACAAAGUCCCUUCAGGAGUGCGGGAUCCUGCCCAGGUCCGUGCUGUGCAUCCGGCAGGAUGAGCAGCACGAGGCAGCGGAUCCUUAGGCACACACAGAUACUGUGGGUCCCUGCAUUGCUUCUGCCAAGAAACGGGGAGUCUGAGGCUUCCUGCACCUACUUCUUUGUCUCCCAUCUCCCACAAACUCCCCAUGAAGCAGAGUUAUGGAUAUGUAAUAGUAUUUGAAAUAGUGUUUCAGAAAAUAGGAUUUCAGAUGCAUAAACCUGAUUCAUACAGUGUCACCUGUGCCAUCACAAAUUUCUGCCUCAGCACCACCAACCUUCAGCCUUUCUGGUUUGUUGAAAUUGCUGAUGUUCUUUGAAAACUCAGGUUUCCAAGGCCUCUCCCCUUGUCCUUUUCUAUGUUUUGGGAAGGUACCACUUCUCUGGAUGCAGAAACACCAUUUGGGAAGGUAGAAACAGAAUGGUCUAGCUACAGGAACACUUUCAGUAGCUUAUCAUUAUUCUAAACAUCUUCUGAAGAGACUGAAAAAGAGAUCAAACCAUGUGGGAAAAAAAAGGACCAGAACCAUGUGGCAAUAACAGUAAUAACACAUUAAUGAAUUAUUGUAAAGUAUUAAAUUGCAAGACUGAUCAUAAAAUACCUGUGAGGGCUCGAGUCUUUCUGGGUAACGUCAGUCCAGCUCUUUAUUGUGACUAAAUCAUCAUUUUAAGAACCAGUAAUUAUUAUUUUGGCCGUCUUGGGGAGCAGCAGGAUUUUCUCCUUAGUUUUCCUUCUCUUAUUUGGCUCAUGUGAUCCAUAGGUAAGAAGAGAUGGAUAGUUAAGAAGGGAUGUUACAGAUAAUUCCAUUUAACCCCUCUACACUGAAUGAGUUAGUCCAAGACGCAAGUGCUGCUUUGGGGAAUUUUUAAAUAAGGUAUUAAUGGGAUUUGACUGGGAAUUGGCUCAAGGAGUAAGCCAUCUUUUACUAAACCAUAUUAAAAUGCUGGUUGGGUGACUUGGCAGGUUUAGGCAAAUACAAUGUGCUUGUGCUAAAAAAGAGAAAUAUCUUCUAGUUUCUAAUGGAAUUUCAAAGGCAGUAAUUUUUAAUCUCCUUUAAAAAUGGACCACUUGCCACACACGAGUGACUUAAAAUGUUUUGAGGCAAACCCAAUUUAUUUUGAAGCUCAGUGUAAGUGCCAAACCAACUCAGCACAGGAGCACAAACACAACAGGAGCAAAAAGCUGAUGGCUUUCUGUGCUGGCUGUGAGUGUGGUACCUGAUGCUAAAUCAAGUGUGCAGGGUGCAGCAGCUUUGUAAAACCAGUACCUGAAGGAACAGUGGCCCCUGCUGCUGUUGUGAUGCUGCUCAGCAGCAGUCCUGGAUAUUGAAACAUAUGGAUGCCUUCAACAGAACCACAAAAAUCCCAUUUCACUUGGUUUCAGGAAAAGGGACCAUUUUCCAUGCUUCUUUCAGUGCCAGGUGGUUAAUUCCCUAUUUCUGUCUGUUGUGUGUUCUGUGUCACUCCUGCAUUUCAGAGCGUUUCCAUCCUGUGUUAAAUAAAACCAUUUAGGCUGAAACUUGAACUUUAAGUGAUUUACAUGAGCUGAGUUCAUCCAUGCCACCUGCUCUUAAAAAACCUUGAAUUUGAUGGCAAAUACCUCAGGGGCUGCCCACAUCACCCUUGGGUGCUCAGCUGCCCUGCACACCGCCCCCCUGACGUCUGUACCUGUGUCCUGUGCUCAAGACAAGCCUGCAGCCAAGGAGGGAGCACUGCACCAGUGACAGGCUGAGGCCAGAGCCAGGGGCCACCAGGCAGCUGUGAGAGCACAGGGGCAAGAACAGAACAGACAAUUCAGCACCUUGGCUCACAGCGCACUUCUCAGGCUGGAGGAUGUUCCUCCUGGAGAUCUAAGAUAAAGCUGGAUGAGUUUGGUUCUAAUCAUCUCACCCAGGCUACAGCAUCUCCAAAAAUGGGGAAAAACAAAUCAAGUCUUGAUCUAGGGAAGCUCAGCACAGGGAAAACACCUCUUUUCCCUUUCAGUUCUCCUUCUCCUCCCUUCAGAACUGUUCUAGGGAGAUGUUAGGAGCAACUCUAAGUCCAGCACAAGAAGCACAGGGGGAAGAACAGUAUUUAUCUGACCUCAUUUAUUGUGUGGCAUCAUUUAAC